AUGAAACGAAGAGAACGUAGCUGGAUGUAUGAAAGGAUGGUUGGGCAAAGUAUUAACCCAGAUUUUGUAAAAGGAGUUGAUGAAUUCAUUCAGUACGUCACAGAUCAUCCCGAGAGUAGUAACCCGAAUGAAGUUAGGUGUCCAUAUGUUAAAUGUAAGAACAAACGCCUUUGGAAUGCGGAUACGGUUAAAAUUCAUCUGUAUCGCAAGGGUUUCAUACCUAACUACUAUAAGUGGAUGUGUCAUGGGGAAGGGUAUCCGGGAGUUCCCGAACGGUGGUCCAAUGAAUAUCGUGACAUGGUUCUCGAUGCUUUUGGUCAUACUGAAGAUCAGGGGCCCUCAGAUCAGGCUAGUGUUUUAUCAUCAGAGGAGGAACCUAAUGCAACAGCUAAGCAUUUCCUGGAUUUGUUGAAGGCUUCUAAAAGGCCAUUAUACGGAGGGAGUUCUUUGUCUGUGUUAGAGAUGGCCGCUAGAAUCACUAGUCUAAAGUGUGAGUAUAAUUUGCCUCACAGAUGUGUUGAUGGGUUUGCUUCUUUUCUAAGUGAGGCGAUUCCAAACAACAGCCAUAUGGCCGACACUUUCUACGAGGUGAUGAAGAUUGUGAAGGGUUUGGAACUGUCUCAUCAAAAGAUUGAUGCAUGUCCGAAAGGGUGUAUGUUGUUUUGGAAGGAUGAUGGUCAGCUGUCAGCAUGCAGGGUGUGUGGCAGCGACCGAUACAAGCAGACUUCCAAAGGUAGCCUAGUGCCUUUGAAUGUUCUGUUUUAUUUCCCGAUCACACCUAGGUUGCAAAGACUGUUUGCAACCAAGAACAUUUCGGAGGAAAUGACAUGGCAUUCGAAAAAUCCUCGAGUUCAAGGCACAGCACACCCUAGUGACAGUGAAGCUUGGAAACACCUCGACAGUCGCUUUCCAAAGUUUGCUUUCGAGCCUCGUAAUGUGAGACUUGGUUUGUGUACAGAUGGUUUUGCUCCUCAUGAGGAGUUGAAAUUGUUGUGGGAAGUUGGAGUGACUACUUAUGAUAUUUCGAUGAAACAGAAUUUCAAUCUUCGAGCAGCCAUCCUAUGGACCGUUAGUGAUUUCCUGGCUUAUGGCAUGUUGUCUGGUUGGGUCACAGCUGAUCACCCUUUUCGGAAUAGUAAAACUGCAUUUUGUAAAAACAAAGUAGAGAAAGGUGCCCCUCCACACAUCAUGUCAGGAGAGGAGCUAUGGGAAUGUGUUAAGGACCUUCGGAAGGCUACAGAUGGACCCGAUUUAAUUAAACUGCUAAAAAAGGAAAAGAAGGGGUGGUUCAAGCAAAGCACACUGUGGGAGCUCCCAUAUUGGAAGCAUCUCCUCAUUUGUCACAACUUAGAUGUCAUGCACAUUGAGAAGAACUUCUUUGAUCAGUUAAUUCACACUGUAAUGGAUGUGAAAAAGCAUACGUGUGACACGCUAUCAGCUUGGAAUGACAUUGCCAAAUAUUGUAAACGUCCCCAACUUCAUCUUCAGGAGGAUAAUAAAGGAAAAGAGGUCAUGCCAAAGGCUCCAUUCGCUCUUGAUAAGGCUCAGAGAAAAGUUUUAUGUGAGUGGGUUAAACAGCUGCAGUUUCCUGAUGGUUACGCCUCCAAUUUGAGCAGAUGCGUAGAUUUGCAAGCAUGUAAGCUCCACGGAAUAAAAAUCCAUGACUGUCACAUGUUCAUGGAGAGAGAUCAGCCAAUUCUUCGGCGACUUUGUUGCUAUAAAACAUCAGUUAGUGACAUGGAGCGAUUAGAGAAAAACAUAGCUGAGAUCCUCUGCAAGCUUGAGAAGGUCUUCCCUCCUGCAUUCUUUAACUCCAUGGAGCAUUUGCCUAUACAUUUGCCGUAUGAGGGGAAGUUAUGUGGUCCUGUACAAUACAGAUGGAUGUAUCCCUUCGAAAGGCUCCUCAACCAUUUGAAACGGAAAAUUGGGAACAAGGCUCGAGUUGAAGGGUCCAUAUGCAAUGCUUAUCUCACUGAAGAGAUAGCAAACUUUUGCUCCAAUUACUUUCAGUCGACAGUUGACACUAAAACUCGAGAUCUUGGUCGAAAUGUGAAUGCCGACGUUGAGUCCACAUUGGACGACGCUGAAAUACCAGAGUUGUUCAAGGAGGAUAGUGGUCGUGUGUCAAAUGAGGGUAAAACUCGGUUCUUAGAUGACAAAGAACUCGAGUGUGCACAUUUGUUCGUGUUACGAAACACCGGCAUUCUUGGCGAAUACAAAAGGAAGUUUGAGGACUACAUUCUUAGUACUCGACCUUUCCUGCGUAGAAAAGAAGUCAUGGAGAAUUUCGAAGCUGAAUUCUCCGAUUGGUUUCAUCACAAGGUGGUCGAAGAGAAGCCAAAUUCGGAUGACCAGCGAGCGUUGUGCAUGCGUCCCUUCAGUCGAGUUCGUACUUGGGGCCAGAUUUUUGUCGGUGGAUUUAAUUUCCAUACACAUGCCCAUGGCAAGCACAAAUCCUCCAUGAAUUAUGACUACGCCAGAGAUGAUGAUGAUGAAGACGAUGACGAUGGCUUUGUGAUCUCAAGCGAUGAAGACGAUGAAUCUAGUAUCGGCUCUAGUGAUAGUGACGAUGAUGAUGACAUCGAUGUAGUAUUAGAUGAUAGUAUUGAUGACUCUAGUAGUGAAAGUAGUGAUGAGAUUACUGAGUAG